UGACGCACCCGGAAGUAACGUGUUAAUGAAGAGAGGUCACUUUGAUUCAGUUUUGUAAUGUUUUGAUUCAGCAACACUGCUGAUAAUUAUGGAAGCAACCAAAGCAGAGGAGCCUUUCCUGAGGCAUGUGGAGACGGAUGUACUCAUCCCCAAGAUGAUGAGGGAGAAAGCCAAGGAGCUCUGUGCUGAAAAGGUUACAGCGUUCAACCACUGCUGUAAAGAGACUGGCUUCCUGAUGGUGUUCAAGUGUCGGGAUGAGAACGCUGCCCUGAAGGAGUGUCUCACCGUACACUACAGAGACUCAGCAUUCUUCGAGGAGUGCAAGCAGGAGUACAUCAAGGAGAAGCUGGAGUUCCAGAGGACAGGGGUGGCGGCUAAGAACCGCUCACAAAAACUACCAACCAGCAUGUAGAAUGCAAAUUGACCCCUGACCCCUGAACAUGUUGCCAUGUUGCUUCCACCUAUCCGAUCCUCUCAGAUCUACAGGAGUGGUUAGGUAGCGGGGGUUAGGGGUCACGAGGGUGGCAGGGGGAGUGAGUGCUACUCACAGGGCUUUACAGUGUGUAUAUUGUACAUCAGGUUGGGAUGCUCAUUGCCCCUGCGGGAGGAACUAGAUCAACGAAGGGGCCGGAGACAGGAGGACAUCCUAGGCCCUAAGUGACCUGUGUAACGACUACGAGGCAGGUUGGCAAGGUGUGUCUAAAGGCCUCCGUUCACCUGUUUGUAGGGAAAAGGAAUCUCUUACAAGAUACGUGUCCUCAACAGAGACACUCUGGUUGAUCUGAUCAAACAGCCCUGAUGGAUAAUCACACUGUUCCUCAACAGAAUCCCUCUGGUUGAUCUGAUCAAACAGCCCUGAUGGAAAAUCACACUGUUCCUCCUGUUUCAGAAUGAUCAGUAAUGUUUGUGUUGUUGAUGCUGUCUGUCUGCUCUUCAGUUUGUAUAUUUAUGAAGAAUUGUUUCUGUCGAUGCUUUGGAAGUGUUUUCAUGUUGAGCUUGUUAGCAACCAAUACUGUCCAAAGUGAGAUUGAUUCCAACGAUAUAAGACCUGUCCAAAGUACAUCAAUAAUAUUCAAGGUGUUGACAUCCUCCACUAUGAGAAUGUUCCCAGAUGGUUCCUAAUUAUACACAGAUUGAUACUGCAUAGAGGCUUUAUCCCAUAAUUUAGGAUUCACCGGUGAGUUGCCGUAACUACUGGUGUGAUGAUUUAUGAUUUAUAGGUGAAGCAUUAUGGACAGAGUUGUUGUAAAAAGGUAUAAUUAUAUGACAUUUGACUUGACAUUGUGUUAUAGUACAUAUAAAUAAAGACAAACAGAUGUUCAUAACCUC